GGCCGUUGGAGAGCAUCAGAAAUUGAAAAGAAAAUCUCUCAACGAUGCUGGUGCUUCUGACUUUGUGUGCUUUGGUUUUGCAAGCUUCGCCCACGACAGACCCAACGCCCCACCACCAAGUGAUGCAGAACCUGGAUCGGAACGCCUGUUCCCUGGUUGUGUGCGGACCAGCCGAGCCAGGGUUGCCAGGGAGAGAUGGCAAGGACGGGAUGCAAGGACCAAAGGGGGACACGGGAGCUCAAGGAAUGCCAGGACCGAGAGGGAUCGUUGGUCCUCCAGGGGAAAUGGGCUCGGUUGGACCAGCAGGAGAAAAAGGAUCCCAAGGCGCUCAAGGAGAAAAGGGAGAUGUCGGUGGCAUGGGACCACGUGGAAUCCGAGGUUUGCAGGGUCCUCCGGGAAGUCCAGGUCCUGCUGGAGCAAAAGGUGACCAGGGGCCUCAAGGUGAAAAAGGAGUAACUGGAGAAACAGGACCAACAGGAGCCCCUGGUGUGCCAGGCCCGCAAGGCAUGAAAGGCAAUCCGGGACCAAAAGGGGACAAUGGCUCAGUGGGCGAGAAAGGAGCAAAAGGAGAAGUGGGAGACAGAGGAUUGCAAGGACCAAUUGGCGUGCCGGGCCUGAUGGGGAAAACAGGCUCUCCUGGUCUGAAAGGAGACAAAGGUUCCAUGGGAGAAAAGGGAACAAAGGGAGACAGCGGCCUCUCCGAGGUCAACCUCAUGAAAAAACAAGUCAGCGAUUUGCAAGGACAGCUAACAAUGUUGCAAGCCAGUCUCGCCAAGUUCCAAAAAGUCGCGGCAUUCCCAAACGGCCAAACUGUGGGCAACAAAACCUUUGUGACCAGCGGCUAUGAAGGCAACUUCGAUGACAUGAGGCAAAGGUGCCUGCAAGCCGGCGGCCAGCUCGCUUCCCCCAGGAAUGCCGCUGAGAAUGCUGCCAUCCAACAGAUAGUCAUUCUCCAUCACAAGCCAGUGUUCCUUGGGAUAAAUGACAUCCAGACAGAGGGGAGAUUUAAGUACCUGAAUGGCGAGGCCAUUGUGUACUCCAACUGGCAGCAAGGGGAACCCAACAAUGAAAACGGGAGAGAGAACUGCGUGGAAAUCUUUGUGAACGGCAAGUGGAACGACAGGUCCUGUGGGGAGAAGAGGCUCAUACUCUGUGAAUUUUAG